AUGAGUCUGCUGCGCUCCGAGACGCUGCAGGUGGUGGCCCAGAGCCUCGGCCUGGACGACCUGAGCGACGACUGCGUGCGCGAGCUGCUGCCCGAGGUGGAGCUGCGCGUGCGGGAGGUGGUGCAGGACGCGCUCAAGUUCCAGCGGCACUCGCGGCGCCCCCAGCUGGACCCCACCCACGUCAACCAGGCGCUGCAGGCGCGGAACCUCGAGAGUUUGUAUGGCUUCUCGGCGCCGGGUACCGUCAAGUACAAGCAGUGCGAGGACAACGACGCGCUCUUCUUCGCCGAGGAGGAGGAGCUGGAGCUGGGCGAGCUGCUGAACGCGCCGCUGGGCCAGAUCCCGCUGCACCCGGUGCUGAACGUCCAUUGGCUGGCGGUGGACGGCGUGCAGCCGCUCAUCCCGGAGAACGAGUCGGUCGAGGACGACUCGACGUGCCACACGUCCAUCAAGGACGAGGCCUUCGUCAACAAUGUGGACCGCAAGCCGCGCGUCAAGCACGUGCUGACCGAGGAGAUGCAGCUCUACUACACCAAGGUCACGGAGGCCGUCAAGAGCGACGACUUCGAGCUGCAGCGCGCGGCCUUCACCAGCCUCGCGCAGGACCCGGGCAUCCACCAGCUGCUGCCCUACUUCUCGCGGUUCAUCUACGAGGAGGUCAAGCACAGCAACCACGACCUGUCGCUGCUCUUCUCGCUCAUGCGCGCGUGUCGCUGCCUGCUGGUGAACCAGAACCUGCACGUGGAGCUCUACCUGCACCAACUGAUCCCAGCUAUCUUGACGUGCGUGCUGGGCACGCAGCUGUGCGAGAACCCCGCGGACGACCACUGGGCGCUGCGCAAGUACGCGGCCAAGCUGGUGGCUCAGAUCUGCGAGCGCUACGGCGAGAAGUACGCCAAUAUCCAGGCACGCGUGUCCAAGACGUACCACAAGGCGAUUACGGAUCCUGUGUGCCCGUUUUCGACCCAGUAUGGCGCUCUCCACGGUAUGCUGUUCUUGGGCCCUCUUGUGAUGGAGAGCUUGCUUUUCCCAAAUCUGGAGCGAUACUACCGACGAUUGGAGCCGGCGCUGUCUUCGUCGAACCCCAAUCUUGUCGAAAGGCUAGAGGCGCAGAACUGCCUCGGCAUCCUCGUGCACGCGUCUGGAACCUAUUUUUCAAUGUCCAAAUCGAUGGACCGCGGUGCAUCGCCGUCCCUGUCGCCAUCAGCUCUAGGCGACAUCGUGACCCUGCUGUACGACGCGUUUGGCGAAAGCCUGUUGCCCUACAUUCGGCCAGAGCAGCCGACAAGUAUGCUCGACUUGUGCCUUUAG